GUGUUUGCACUCGUUCACGACGUAUCUCAUAGCGGAGAUUUCAAACCCAACUUGGUUUCUUAAAUCUCUCUCUCUCUCUCUCUCCCAUUCCCAUUCUCAUUCUCGGGUACCUUCGCAAUUUCCUACUCUUUCCUUAUCGCAGAUCUCAUUCCUCUCCCCAAUUCUUUUCAAUUUCUCAAGAGACAGGUUGAGAUGGCGGCGGCGGCGGCACCGGCAGCUACCUUCACAAUUGGAAUCACUGCUUCCAUCGGCCAAAGAGGGGGCUCACUUUAUCAAUCAAAGCCUUUUGGGUUGAAGUUCAACUCACAGAAUCAUUUGAAGAGCUUCUGUGGCCUCAAGGCCAUGUCAUCUGUGAGAUGUGAUUCGGAAUUUUCGUUCUUUGGCAAGGAAACCGGUGCUGCUUUGCGGGCAUCUUUUGCCUCCAGAGCUCGAAAGGAAAACCAGAACUUCCAGCACCACUUGCAGCCUCAGGCUUCCUUUAAAGUGGCAGUUCUUGGUGCUGCUGGAGGGAUUGGUCAGCCGCUAGCGCUUCUUAUCAAGAUGUCCCCAUUAGUUUCCGACCUGCAUCUCUAUGAUAUUGCGAAUGUUAAGGGAGUUGCUGCUGAUCUCAGUCAUUGCAACACACCCUCACUAGUCAAGGAUUUCACAGGAGCUUCUGAGUUAGCAAGUUGUUUGAAAGGGGUGGAUGUUGUUGUUAUACCUGCUGGUGUUCCAAGGAAGCCUGGCAUGACUCGUGAUGACCUUUUCAACAUCAAUGCUGGCAUAGUCAGGGACUUGGUUUCGGCUGUUGCGGACAAUUGUCCUGAUGCUUUUAUUCACAUUAUCAGUAACCCUGUAAACUCUACUGUGCCUAUUGCAGCAGAGGUUCUGAAACAAAAGGGUGUCUAUGAUCCUAAAAAGCUCUUUGGCGUUACUACGCUGGAUGUUGUGAGGGCAAACACGUUUGUUGCUCAGAGGAAGAAUCUGAAGCUGAUUGAUGUUGAUGUCCCUGUUGUUGGGGGCCAUGCUGGGAUUACCAUUCUUCCUCUGUUGUCAAAGACGAGGCCCUCAGUAAGUUUCACUGAUGAAGAAGUUGAGGAGCUAACUGUAAGGAUUCAAAACGCAGGAACUGAAGUUGUUGAAGCAAAGGCUGGUGCAGGGUCUGCUACUUUGUCAAUGGCAUAUGCAGCAGCUAGAUUUGUUGAAUCCUCUCUUCGUGCGCUUGAUGGAGAUGGGGAUGUGUACGAGUGCUCAUUUGUGCAAUCAGAUCUUACUGACCUUCCGUUUUUCGCUUCGAGGGUGAAGCUUGGUAAGAAAGGAGUUGAGGCUUUAAUUCCAUCUGAUCUCCAAGGGUUGACUGACUAUGAACAGAAGGCUUUGGAAGCACUUAAGCCAGAACUUAAGGCCAGCAUAGAGAAGGGGAUUGCUUUUGCUCAGAAGCAAGCUGUUGCUGCUUAACUUUCUUUGUCAUUGGGUGGUUUCUCGGAUUAUGCAUUUACUUAAGCAUAAAUACUACUUUAGAGAAUUUAGUUUGCGGAUUUAUUGUAGCCUCAUAACUGCUUCCAGAACUUAGGAUUCAAAUUUUCUGUAGUGUCAAUUCUAUUUCCAGUUUUGUUAGCAGAACGGGAGGGAGCUUUCAUUUCUGUUCUAGAUACCGAGGUUAGGUUUUGAUCAGAAAUCUCCAAAGAUGUUAUCGUUAUAAUGUAGAAUUGGAAAAUGUAAACUUUACUUUUUGAAUAAUAUGGCCAUUGAACCAGUUUUUUUUUUGCUUUUUUUUUUCUUGUUAGGUAGAGGCCCCAAUUUCUGAGACGGAUACCAGUUCUAACAAUUAUGUUGUUGAAUCUUCUACAAUCUACGCACGUUUUCCUUU